AUGGUCACGUGGUUCCUGUCCAUGUGGAUCUCCAACACGGCCACCACAAUCAUGAUGAUGACCAUCGUCCAGGCCUUGCUCCAGCAGUUCAAGGACAUGAACAGUCAGGAGGUCUUGAGCAAGAAAGACAAAGAAAGAGCCGAUGCCGAGUUUUCUAGACUGAGCAAGGCGCUCUCUCUGACGAUCGCCUACUCGGCCAACAUCGGAGGUAUCGCCAGCCUGACAGGCACUGGAACUAAUUUAAUACUGUAUGGAGCCGCACAAAAAGUAUUUGAAGACGUCGGCCUCAGGUCUCCCAUCACAUUCAGCAGCUGGCUUAUCUAUGGCCUGCCUCUGUCUCUUAUACUUGUCUUCAUCAUGUGGCUCUGGAUGGUUGCUGUUUUUCUCAGAUGCAGAGGAGGGUGUCUGUGUUGUUGCUGUGCUCCAGAAGCCAACAAGAAAAAACUGGAGAAGGUCAACGCCAUGAUCAGAGAUGAGUACAACAACUUGGGACCUAUCACAUACGAACAAGCCACAGUGUCUAUAACGUUUGUAUUGCUACUGGUUGCUUGGAUCACUCGUGAUCUUGGAAGUACUGGCGGCUGGGCAAUGUUUUUUCCCCCUGGAGAUGUAUCAACAACAACUGCAAUACGACUCUUGGAGCCUCAUCUCUUUGUACUUGUUUUAUGUGGUGAAGUAAGGAUAGAAAACCAAAAGUUCUCAAAUAAAUCUGAUUUGUGA